UUAAUGAUUAUUAGUAUUGUCAUUAGUUAGGCUGGGGCAUAACUAAAUUGUUUUAUGAGUACCGUAACUAAGUAAAGGACGGCAGUUAUUAAAGGCCAGUUAGUUAAACACCACGCGACUUCUAAGAGUGAUAAAAAUUGUGAAUAUUAAAACAAGAACGCACUCACAUAUUUUUUUUUCUUUUUAAAAUUGUAUCGUGCCUUAAAUAAAUUUAUAUAAGCAGAAAGCCAAAAUCUAAAAUAAAAACUACGUUAAAAACCCUUUUUUUAAUCAAAGAAAUGAGCACAAACUGUGAUUUUUCGGAUAUAUCAUGGAUGUGUCUUAAAGGAACAUUUGAAGAGCAAGUUCAGCAGUUAUUUAUUCAUGUGCGACUGUCGCCAGAACAAGUCGAAGGCGACCUGCUGCGAUUGUACCAGGAUGUCAUGGGCACAGUGGGGUCCCGCUGGCCAGGUUGCGAAUUGUCAUUAUUCGGCUCUCUACAUGGAGGCACAGCUCUGAAGACCAGCGACGUAGAUUACUUCGUCCAAAUUCCAGACCAGAACAUGCCCGUUGAAGAGAUGUGCAAAGAAGCUACAACUAUUCUAAGCCGCCGUCCUGACGUCUUCACGAUUCUAGCCGCCAUCUCACAUGACGUGCCCUGCCGAAAGGUUACCAUCUUUCAUUUGCCAUCAAGCAGGGAUUGUGAUUUAAUCAUAACUUCCCCUGAAUUAUUUAGCAAAGAAAAAAAAUAUAUGGAAUUAUUACACCACCUGUUAAAUUUGGAUAAGAAGAUCCAAAAUCUAGUAGUUCUGGUUAAAUAUUGGGCGAUAGUGCAUAAACUAUUAGGACCAUACUUUAGAAAUUAUAUCAUAAUUCUGAUGGUGAUAUUCUAUUUGCAAUACUUGAAUGUUAUGCCGAGCGUACGGAGGCUACAAACAAACGUUUCAUAUAUAUUUUGGCGGAACUGGAACGUAGCCUUUGAAGAGGUUACGCAUUUUAAUAAUAUUCAGUAUUCUCUUAGGCAGUUGUUGAUGGGUUUUUUCCAAUUCUUCAGCGCUUACCACUUUGAGGAAAAUGUAAUUUCCGUGUUUGCCGGUCGUUCUAUUGCCCGCAAGAGUUUUAAAGAUAUUUGUAACGUCUCAGAGGACUUUGAAUUGUAUAAAGACAAUCUCAGCCGUAAGUUAUGCGAGCCAAUUGACCUAAGCACGCCGAUGUGUGUACAGGACGUGUUCAGACACAACAGGAACUGCGCUUAUGGCGUUUCGCCUGCACUCUUUAAAAAUAUAAGGAUGUGUUUCAAGUCAGCGGCGAAGCUGUGUGCAUCAGAAUCUGAUGAUACCUUCCUUCUCGCUAUUCUAACAAAACCAAAUUAGGAAUGUAUAGUUUCUUAUUUUAGGUUUCCUAAAAACCUGUUAGGUAGAAAAAUAUUGAAAUUUGAAAUAAACUAACUGCGACUAAUUUGGGUACAUUCUUAUUCUAAAAUACCCUUGUCAAAUUGUAUUUCAUUACAGUUGAAAAUCGUCAGUUGAAUUUAGUCUGCAUCGCGUACCAAGGGUUUCGUCAAAACUGAAAUGAACACCGAUCUCAUUUUUAAUAUUUUAUUUUAAAGAUUUUACUUUCAAAUUGAUCUCAUAGAAAUUUCAAGAAAAAUAUGCAAACGCGGUCAAAUUACAAUUUAAGUUCAGAAAUGAUUAUCGUGGAUUACUGAAAGAAAUAAUAACUUAGAUAUAUGUAUACAGCGUGCAUUUUUGAAACAACCGAAUAAUCAAAGGGUAGUUCGUUUAGGCUUUAAUGAACACUCUUUCAUAGAUUUUGUAAAAUAUGGGCGACUUUUAUUUUCUAUAUAAAAUAAUUCAGCAAGCAAUGUAUCACUACUUUGUUUUAACUCAUAACGUCGCAUUUAAUGGCACGGCAUCACAGCUGUCACAAGUGACCAUGAUGUACGAAAUACAUGGCCGCUCGAAAGAAAAAACAAAAUAGAAUUAUGCUCUGGCAGUUAACUUAAUACUAAAUUAAAAAAAAUCUUUCAGAAUUGUUUUAUAGCACUAACACCUACGUCUAGUUUGCGGGUAUAUCAAAAAUACACACUGUAUAGGUAUAUAUGUCCUGUAACAUGUAUGAUAACGUUAAAUGCUAUUUAAUCUACAGGUUGGCCCAGAAAUAAGUCAACAUUUAAAAUCUUAUUUAAACAAAGAAUAAACGUUUAUUUCUAAUAAAAGUAGACAAAUUGGGGUUUUAUUUUUCAGAAGUAUGCGUAUGCGUGUAUGUGUGAAGUAUGUGUGUGUAUAUAAAUGUAUACUGACUGACUGAUUCAUCAACGCAGAGCCGAAACUACAAAAGCUAGAAAAAUUAAAUUUGCACACUAGGUUGCAUUUCUAAAGUGUACAAGACGUAAAAUGCUGUUUCAAAAUUCAAUCCCUAAGGGGAUUAAAAAGGGGGUGGAAGUUGGUAUCGGGAUCAAGUGUUUUCAUUUUAGUUAGUUAUUAUUUAUAGUUAGUUACUUAAAACUUCGUAAAAAGGUAUUAUAUUAAAAUAAAAAUGUUUCCAGCGUUUUUGGAAAUGCAUACACUAAGGGGGUUAAAAAGGGAUGAACGUUUGUAUGAGGAACAAGUUUUAUUUUAAGGUAGGAACUUCAAACUUCGUGAAAAGGUUUUAUAAUAAAAUAGAAGAAAAUUGAUUUCAGCGUUUUUGGAAAUUCAUCCCCUAAUAGGGUUAAAAAAGGGGUCGAAAGAUUAUAACGGGAACGAUUUCAGUAGGGACUUGAAAUUAGUAGGAAGAGUAAAUAUUAUAAAAUUAGGUACAAAUAAUAAUUUUAGAGCUUUUGAAAAUUUUGCCACUAAUAGGAUUAAAAAGGGGUUGAAAGUGUGUUUCGGGACUUUCGGGAAACAAAAUCACGCGGACGAAAUCGUGGGCACAGCUAAAAAUUUUAUACAUUUACCUAAGUAAACGUCAGAGUAUUAAUAACCUUUUUAUCUGUAUACUUAAAUUUAUAUUGUUUAUAUUGGCUUAUCCCAAUAAAUUAACUGAACCAAAA